GUCUAGUCACUGCAACCCUGCACCCUCCGGUUGUUUAAUUGCUAUUGCUCUCAAUUCAAGUCUAUCAUAGAAGCUAAAGAUGUCUUUCAGCUUCGGUUUCUCUGGUGACGAUAUAGAAGAAGAUCCCAACGAUGUGCUGACAGCGUCACGGGACGAGGAUGUGCAAAUGGAGGGAGUGGAGACGGGUCAGGGUGCAGAGAGAAUACCGGCCAGAAGUCAUACUCUGGAUGAAUUGUUAUCAACUCUCCCGGACAAACUUUCCUACUCAAUUCUCAAAACCACAUCUCCAAAAGGGAACAUAUCGCACCUCCCACGACGCGAGCUUUUCGACAUCCGACUGCAGUUGAUGGCUGAAGAUGAUUCGAGCAGCACAAUAGCAGGCCUCGAUGCAUCAGAUGUGCAAACCAACGUGUAUGAGGGCGGUUACAAGACUUGGGAGUGUAGUCUAGAUCUCAUAUCCUAUCUGCUCGAUCGCGGACCACGAAAAGACCUCGAUGACAUGGCGAGAGUCAACCACGUGAUUGAGAUGGGCUGUGGGACUGCUUUACCUUCGCUGCUCCUCUUCCAAUAUGCAAUCAAGAACCAGCUCAGCAUGAACUUUACACUCACCGACUACAACUUCGAUGUUUUGAGGCUGGUCACUGUACCAAAUCUGUUGUUGACAUGGGCUUCGACACUGGGCAGGACAGAUGCACCAUUCUCGGAAACAUAUCCGAAUCCACUAGCGGAAGAAGAUCGAAGCAAACAUGGAGACGAUGAAGACCACGGAGACCUCGAAAUUGCACCCGAAAUCGUGGAGGCGUUCAAGCAGCGAUUGGCCGAAACAGGCAUCACGAUGACACUGGUAUCAGGGUCGUGGACACCAACCGAGCAUCUUCUAGAUUUGAUACCCAGUGCACCCGAGUUGAACACUUUCAUACUUGGAAGCGAAACUAUCUAUAGCCCCGAGGCUUUGACAGCAUUCACCGAAUCGAUCGUCGGACUGAUGAAGAGGGUGAAGAGCGGUAAGACGAUCGUUGCGGCGAAGAGAGUGUAUUUUGGAGUGGGGGGAAGUGUAGAUGGAUUCAGAGAGGAGUGUGCUCAGCGAGGAUGUGUUGCAUACGAAAUGGAUUUCGAGGGACUGGAGAGCAAUGGUGUCAGGCGAUGCUUGGUCGAAGUACAGAUGUGUUAAUGUGACCCGGGAAGAUCGUGACGAGAGAAAGACAAGAGAGACUACGUCAGAGUAUGCCUAUCUUAACGAAUAAAAGCAUCUCGAGUCCAAGAGAUGUGAUAUCAAUCGCAUGUUCCGAGUCCUCGACCGAUGAGAUAUGAGCACGAGGUACCUGAAUUUGUGAAACAGCAACAUUAUUGUACACCUAGCCACCUUUUCAUUGGCUUGCACCGG